GCGCUAAUUAUGUAUUUCCGGCCCGCUGGAUUCCAAAACAAGUUUUUCCUAGCAGGUUGACAGAUCCAGAAGCAUGGGCACACCGCAGAAAAUGCAACAUUACAUGGAGAGACAUCGCCUUAGCUCACUUUUUGAGGACCUAAUGAAUAAAGUUCUACAUGACCAACCAGAUAAACCGCUUAUCUACAUUAUAAAAGUCUUGUACAAAAAGGCAGGGAUGGAUAUACCUACAGAUUUGAAACUGGCUGGGGUCAGAAGAAGUUCUCCAGAAAGAAUAAUCCAACGUAGCAAAAGUCCAGAAAUGACAAGGAAAGCAGCAACUCAAGCUUGGGCUUCAAAAUCUGUGGAUGUAUCUAAUAGAGCAUAUGAGAGGCCUUGGCAGGCACAUAGCAAAAAACUUAAAGCCAAGGAGGUAGAGCAUGAGGAGCCUAUAAAACCUGGGAGAAAACAGAAGCCUCCUGGAUGGAACUCGGAUAACAAAGUUGGAUUUUCCGCAUUUGAUGAUUUGUUUGAGGAAACACCGGGGAAGUCUGGUAGUUCCAAACAAAAAAAGAAAACUGAUCCUUCUCCGACAGACCUCGGAAAAGCUUGGGCUACAACUGGAUUGGAUGACGAUAAUGUACAGUAUCACUCCAGCAACUACAGAGGGCCACGAACACAUAGGAAUGACGGCGAUGAUCCACUAGCCGGGGAAAUAAUGAAUGAAAAGGGGCCAAGUACCACUGAAGGAACAGUGAAGAUCGCCAGUAAUAGUCGUGUAAGAGGCCGUCGUAUUGAUGCCAAGUCACAUCGGAAGGAACUAGAACAAAUGAUCACUGAAUCUAAAGACGACUCUGGCUACGGAGAGGAGACGGAAAUGGACGGAGAACAGGAUGACGCCAUUGAAUUAUUAGAGGAUGGCGAAGAACUGCGCAAAGAAGGUGCUCGCCAUGUAUCCAAGACAGGGUACAAACUUAGUCGUAUCAUGAAGGAACGUCAGCAAGAAGCCAAUGUCAAACUAAAUAUUAAUCUGUACACUGGGCCUCAGCCCGCAGACAGCUUUGUAGCAGACACACUUUAUGAAGAUAAUAAGGAACGAUAUUAUGACUCAGACGAUGAACGACCUCCUACAGGUAUGUCAGGGUAUCGUGACUCACCUGGUGAUAGUGAUGUCGACGACGAAUUUGAAAGUGUUUCCCAAGUCACUGGCCCUAGAAGACCGGUGUGGAAUGUAGUGGAUUCUGAUGGUGAAUCUUUUAUCCCCAAAGCAUCUAAAACUCUGCCAGAGCCGUCCCGUUCAAAGUCAUCAAAAUCCGCAGACAGAUUUACAUCAUCUGUACCUUCCAAAGCCUAUGCUUCUCAGUCAAUGGAAAGUGCCGACUCCUUCUUACAGGCAGGCAAAACUUGGACCCCAGGAAGGGAAAGGGAGAAGGAUGCUGGACCGGACAGUGUUGUAGGGGGUUCAAUUAAAUCUGAUCGAGGAGGCUGGGCUCUCCCCAAGUACGAGUCUGAUGCUAGUAUACUGGACUGGUCUACAACAGGAAAAUCUGUCGAAAGAGGUAAACCUAGAGCUUACUGAUGAAUCUACACUUACUAUCAGGGAGAGUCUGUGCUGUUGAGGAACCUAUUAAUGCUGUUAGGAGAUGACAUAAUGCCAUUUUCUAUUUAUUGGAGGAAUCUCGCUAAUGACUUGUGAAAAUCUGCUGUCUAUUUGAGAAACAUUACUAAAGGAGUUCAGCCUACUUUUCUACAUCUAGGACCUUUUUAUAUGCUGUGAUCAAUUUCUGAAAAAAAAGUAAUUAAGUGCAAUUUAAGUUUAUCAUAAACAUAUGAAUGAGAAAAACUUUCACAACACCAAACAUUGAAAGUGCUAUGUGUUCUACAUAAAUUAUUCUUGUUCUAUAUAAACAAAAUUCAAUAUUUAUUGGAAUUGGUGUUAGAUACAAUGCAAGUUGAAAUUAAAAGUGUUGUGAGGAGGGAGACUUGUACCUGUCAACCCGUACACAGACUUGACACCAGUGGCUUCAUUCCUGGAAGGAUUGUGAUCAAACUUCACACAAUUACAAAGGACAUUUAUAUCUGGGACAGAUUCGAGUUCAGAGUUGUUUGGUUAAGGUCAUGUUCGGUGUUACAAUUUUUAGAAAUUUCUUGUCUGUGGUCUAGGGGGCGGGGAGGGGGGGCUGAUAGGAGGCAGGUAUGUCAAGUGUGUCAAGAAGUUUAAACAAAAGUGGUUGAAUUUCUCUCUAUGGAGUAAAAUGAUCACAAUUUUGUGUAAGUUGUACAAUAUACACUCACAGUUAAUCCCCUGCAAGUUACAGAAAUACUUGCGCCUAGUUUCUUAAAUUGAAGCUUUACAUUAAAUUUUUUAAGUAACAUUUUGCCAAGGGUAUACCCAAUAUUUAAUUUAUCUUUAAGGUUUGAAGGGAGUGAGUUUGAUAUUUGUUUUAUGGUCCUCACUUUCUUAUGAGAAUAUGAGAGUUAUGAACUUUAUAAUGCUUCUAAAUUGUUUUUUUAUGAUAUCAUCAGAUUUAUUUGAAAUGCAUUCUUAGGCAGCAAAAUGUUUACUGUAUAUGUGGUUAUUGCCUGAUGAUUUCCAACAUUAAACCGUCCAUUUUUCAUUGCAAGUAAUAUGCCAUAAUUACUUCAAAUAUCCUAUGCAAUGAAAGUAGUUUAUCUUCUAAAUGUUGUAAUGCUAGAAUGGAACUUGUACAAUCUAUAUCGUAGAGACUUGGCCCGAAUUCCCAACCCACGGUCCAUAUAUGUAUAUUUGUUUGAACUUGAUACAUUGUAGUUUAAAUUAGAAAAAAAUAGUUUCUACAUAAUGUCCUCCCUCACCAGUUGUAAAUUAAGUCAUGGUAGCUAUAUAGAAUUCUCUUAUUUUCAGGAAAGUUUUAUCAUUAAUGCAGUGCUUCUCAACAAUUUUCUGUUUUGGGGCAUUAGUACAGAUAUUCAGAAAUUAAAAGUCACACUUAUUGAUAGGAGUCAAGCAGUUUCCCUAUUGACCUGUGAUAUAAUUAUGUUGUUUUAGACUUUUAUUAUCCUCAAUACUCCUUGGUACUCCAGGGGUUACGAUUACUUUCAAACUCUGUACCUCUGGAACAUGUUAUGGCAUGGUCAUAGUAAAAUAGCUGGCUCGGUCACUGCCACCUGGAUAUAACAAAAUGGUUAGUUUGAUCCUUUGCUGUAAAUCAACGAAUCUUGGGUCACCAAACCUUUGAACGGAUUUAAAUGUGUGGAUGUCACUCUUUUGUGAUCUUAAAAAUAAUUCCACCAUCUUAGCGAUUGGUCAUGUAUUUUUUUCCUUAUGCCAAUCAAAUAGCUAGUGAUGUCCCUUCCAUUUUGCCACAACAUAUUCCAGGAGUGGAUAAAGUGAAAAUGAAUAUAACCCUUGUGGUAUCAAGGAUGAGAAUUUGUUUACUUGUUAAGAUCAUGAUGUUUAAUCUCUGUAUAUACAAGUGUAAAUGUACUGGUACAAAUGUUAUCUGUUAAGAUAUUUUACUUACAAAAUAGUGUAGAUGUUUAUCUUUAGGCUACAUAUUGCUAUCAUACCACUGCAUUGUGGUAUGGCAAGUGUAGGACAAUAAAUACUUCAAUAAUAGUCA